AUGGAUAAACACAGGCGCAAGUCUAACUGGAGCACGAAUGAGUUGGAGGCUUUGGCCCAGGGAGUUUCGGCCAACAUAAAAACAAAUAAAGGAAAAUUCUCCCCUGGCCUUACAAAUAGUCACAAAAUGCAGUGUUGGAAAGAAAUAACUGAAAGAGUAAACUCUUUUAAUGUCUCUGAGACAAACAGAGAUAUCAAUGACUGUAAGAAAAAAUGGCAUGACAUCUCUUGUGCAACAAAGAAGAAGGAAGCAUCAAGAAGAAAAGAGAUGAGGGUAACAGGGGGUGUUCCUGCACCUCCUGAUGACCUCAAAGCAUGGGAGAGACUUAUUGCUGGUACUCUGUCCACAAGUUCAGUGGAAGGAGUGAAAGGUGGAGUGGACACUUUAGAGUGUGUCAUUGCAACCCCAGUGCAGACAUCAGACCCCAAUGAAACAUCUUCGAGUUGUUUCGAGUUGAUGGACAAAGACAAUGUUUCCAUAUCAGUUGUUAGUGCUGAUGCUGAUUCUAAGUUCCCUCAGAACUUGCCAGAGAGCGUAUCAAUGAUGGAAGGAGCAUCUGCAUCCACUCAGUCAUUCACUUCAUCAGAAUCAAGCUCCUCAACAACCCCAAGGCCUGUCAAGAGGAAAAAACACCAAAGCAGUGGUUGCAAGGCAGAGACAACACGAGACAUACGAGAGGAGUUUGUUGAAAUGGAGAAAGAGAAAGAGAGAAGGCUGCAAGAAUAUAGGGAAAAGAAGCUUGGACUUCUACAAAACAUGAUGGAUCAACAGAAUGAAAUGAUUCAGCUUCAAAGAAGAUCAACAGAGGCAUUGGAGUCACUUGUUGUAAAAUUUCCAGGACAUUUAGUUUCUCCCAUGUCACCAUUUUCCGUUUCUCCAGUUAUUAAGUUCUCAUAAGGGCCCUAAAGUGAUCAGUCAGUCUGUCUAUCCGUCUGUCUCUCAAUUCUAGAUCGAUGUCCGGAGCAUAUCUUU